AUGGAGAUCGCUGCCUCGUAUAAGUUCAAAACAAAUUAUUCAUUCUCUCUUGACAAAAUCCAUCGAAUAAUAGAAAUCAGAAUCACAUUUUUAAUUGAGAAUUCGAAUCCAACCAACCAAUCAUCAGUUGUAUACCAGAUCGUUAUGGCAAAUCCCGGAGAAAAAUCGGUGAUGGUGGUGGGAGUUGACGACAGCGAGCACAGCUUCUACGCUCUGGAGUGGACGCUGGACCACUUCUUCGUCCCUGCCGGAAACCUAGCUCCGUUCAAGCUCGUCGUCGUUCACGCCAAGCCUGCUCCUUCUUCCGCCAUCGGCCUCGGCGGCCCCAUUGCAGUGGAUGUGUUGCCGUACGUGGAUGCGGAUUUGAAGAAGAUUGCCACCCGAGUGCUCGAAAAUGCUAAGCAGAUUUGCUCUUCUAAAUCGGUGGAUGAUGUGACAUUUGAAGGUGUGGAAGGUGAUCCAAGGAACGUUCUUUGUGAGGCCGUGGAGAAAUAUCAUGCCACCAUUUUGGUUCUUGGCAGCCAUGGUUAUGGUGCUAUUAAGAGGGCCGUGUUGGGGAGCGUAAGUGACUAUUGUGCACAUCAUGCCCACUCCACAGUGAUGAUUGUCAAGAAGCCUAAGCUCAAACACUAAAAUCAAUGAUCAACCACAAGGCUCUUGUUGGCCGAACUUAAUUUUGGCAGUAUUUGUGUGUGUUUUGAAUCAUGAUAUUGAAGAGGAGUGCAUAAUGUUUGGUUUAUCAUUUCACCUUAUUGUAAUCUUUCAGACCGUUAUUAUGUUUAUUAUUGAAACUUUAUGUUCCUUUCCAAGAAAAAAAAUAAAAAACACUAGAAUGAUAUGAAGCCAUGCAAUCAAUUUGUACAUAGACAAUUUUUUUUUUUUUUAAGAAAUAAGAUUUGUAUGUUUUGAUCAUUCUUUACUCAAGUUUGAAUAUUGUUUAAUUCGAUGUCAUGCCCAAACAGCAAUUCCCGUG